AUGCCCCAAUCAGGAACAUCUUAUAAUGCUUUCUCCAUCGUCUUCACCAUCCAGCAACAGCACCUUCAGCACACCAUGAACAAAGUAGUUUUUCCCAGGCCCAACAGCUUUCUUUUGACUUUUAAUACACAAUCCAUACGUCUUUCUUCUAACUCCCCCGAUUUUGAUGAAUCCUUGCUCAGCUUUCUCCUCAAACCAACUGCCCGAAAAUCAUCUCCAAAGAAAGCUCUUCAAAAGGAAACAGAAGCUAAUCGCCAGGAAAAAAGCAGAAUAAGAUUCCACGAUUUGAAAAAAUUCGAUAAAAAGAAUUUCAAUAACGCUCUAGAACUAAUUAAAUUCUCAAAAAACAACCAUCCCUCGUUAUUCGAUUUAAAAUUUCCAAUCUCUGAUUCCGAAAAGAAAAUUGUGACCAAUGAUCUCUCAAAUUUAUUGAAUUUGAUCAACCUACCAAAGGCCUCUUUAAACGACUCCUCAAAUUUACUAUACAAAUCGCAUUUCGAUAACAUUUUUAAUAAUAUCAACGAUAUUAAACAAAUCAAAAAGAAAAAUCAAAAUCAAAAUCAAAAUCAAAAACUAAUUGAUGACAAGUUCUAUCUCAAUUUAAACCCGGUAAAUUUAGAUUUAUAUGUUCAAUCCACCAAAAACGAGGAUGAAUUAUUCCACAUAUUUACCAUUUUUUUUCUUAAUAAAAAGAUUCAUUUGAAAUUUUUAUUACAAAUAAUAUUCAAUCCUAAUUUCAAAAAUGUUAAUUAUGUUAACAUCAUUUACAAUGAAAUUAACAACUUCAUUUCCAAUGACAAUAACAAUAACAAUAACAAUAACUCUAACAUGAAACAAUCUCAAAAGGAUAAAAAUCCUUUGCUAUCUUGGGACUACAAUGUCGAUUCAAUAACCUUUCAAGUAGCCAUCAUGCUGAAAUACUACUCUUUAGGCCAUUAUAAAGAUUGUAAAUACCUAUUCAAUUUUUAUUUCCUGAAUAAAUGGCUACCGUACUUAUCAAAUAUCCACGAAAACUAUAUCAAUAAGUUAUCUUUACGCUGUGAAAGAAAAAUAUGGAGACACUACAUUUUAUACAAUAAAAAACAUAUCGACUCAUCUGAUCACAAUCUUAACCCUAAUAACAACCAAUUUUUAAAACUAAUGAAAGAAAAUAAUCUUGAUAACAACUUGAAAACUCUAUUCUUAUUAUUCGAAGCAUUACCAAAAGUAUUUUUGAAAACUGAAAUUACAAACAAUUCAAAAAUUAUUAAAAAUCCCUUUUCACCAUUUUUCAAUCAGCUACUAACUUUAUUCAAUAACUACUAUCAAUCCAAUAUUAACACUUUAAACAAUUUCGAUAACUUUAAUUUGAUAACUGAAAAACAAGUAUUAUUAAUCAAUUUAAUCACUCAGUUGGCGAAAUCUCCCAAUAGUAUCCCUCAUAAUUACCAUGAAAUAAUAUCUCGAUUGCAAUUCAUCUCAAUAAAAUACAGUAUUUCAAUUGAUAAUAAAAAUUUGUACGAUCUAAAUAAAAUAAUUAAUUCAUAUAGAAAUUUAACUUCUAAAAAAUUCAAUAUUAUCAAGAAAAACAGCUUCUUGAAAAGAAUCUUCGCAAUGCCUUAUAAAAAUUCAAAUAGUUUUUUCAAUAAUUCAGAUUCAAAAACAAAGUCAGACUCAGACUUAGGCUCAAAAACAAUCCAAGUAACAAUCAAUGGUAAAGUUCAAUACUUAGACGAUAUGACUGUUGACAAUAACAAAUUGCAUUUAAAGAAAAAUUCAAUCACACACAAUGAGUUGUAUAAAUCAUACAAAAAAAACGAUCAACAGUUUAGAAAUGAAAUCAUCCAAAUCAAUUCGCUCAUCAAAGAUAAGGAAAUCAAUUCCAUAAUCGAAACCUAUAUAUCCAAACGCAACGAGAAUGUCUAUAAAAACAUUGAAAAGGAAGCAAACUCCUCUGAAAGCGACUCUGAUGAGACUGCUUACAAGUUUGCUUAG